CUGAAUUCCUCUGCCUCGCGCGGCUCGGACCGGGCGGGGCCAGGCUGGAUCCAGAAAGGCUUCCCGACCGUGGCCAGCACUCUGCCCCACCCCUUCCCUCCGCCCCCACCGUUACCACCCGGAGACGCCCCCUCGCCGCACGCAGACGGGAAAGGGGGGGCCGUCCCGCCCCCACGAAGUCAGGGGGGCCUGGUCGCCUCAGCUGCCCCCGCGCAAGGGGGCCGACUGGGUAGGAAUCGUGAGAUAUUUGUGCUGGAAGCAGCCCCCCCGCGAGCGGUGAGAGAGAGAAAGCUCCUGGGAGAAUUCGGCGUGGGUCUGUCAGCCUGUGCGGCGCGCGAACGUAGCAAAAGAUGUGUGAAGCAUUCAAAGAUCAUAAUUGCUGGAAAGUUUGUUGACUGCUAUUCCCUGAAAGUCCUGAAACUUAAACAUCAAUCUGGCAUGGCACAGGGAAGCCAGCAGUUAGAUAUGCAGGUACUCCAUGACCUCCGGCAACGUUUUCCUGAGAUUCCUGAAAGUGUGGUGUCUCAAUGCAUGCUCCAGAAUAACAACAAUCUUGAUGCUUGUUGUCGAAUUCUUGCACAAGAGAGCAACAAAUACCUAUAUAUGGAGUAUCACAGCCCAGAUGACACCCGAGUGAACAGGAAUCGUCUUCUGCAUAUUAACCUUGGCAUCAAUCCUCAUACUAACUAUGGAGGGGAUGGACUUCAACUUAAUGGUGGUCGUACACUGGUACAUAGUUCAAGUGAUGGACAUAUUGAUCCGCAGUGCACCCCGGGCAAACAGCUGAUCUGUUUAGUCCAAGAACCACAUUCUGCUCCUGCUGUUGUAGCAGCUUCUCCAAACUACAAUCCUUUUUUUAUGAAUGAUCAGAAUAGAAAUGCAGCUACUACUCCUCCACUGACACCUCAGCAAUCUUCUCCCAUACAACCUGGAAUGAAUACAUCUACUAUGCAAGGUCCUCCUCCUCCAUAUAUGCAUAUACCUCGGUACAGCACAAAUCCUAUAACUGUUACAGUUUCACAAAACCUGCCUUCUGGGCAGCCUUUACCCAGAGCUUUACAAAUUCUUCCUCAAAUUCAAAGUACUCCUUAUGGAAGUCCUGGAUCACUCUAUAUUAGGCAGACAACUCAAGGUUCUUCGGGACGACAGACUCCUACUCAAAGUACACAGUGGCAUACGUCACCACCAGGUCCAGUUUCACAUUAUAGUCCACAUCCAUUACCUGUCUAUCCACACCAACAGACCUAUCAGUCUUCUCAGUAUUCUCCCAAGCAGCCCCAGAUUCCUCAGUCUCCUUUUCGAUCACCACCUGCUUCCCAGUGUCCUUCUCCUUUUGGAUCACCUCAACAUCAGGUUCAACCCAGCCAAUUAGGACAUCAAAGUUCCCAUGUAUUUAUGCCUCCUAGUCCUUCAACUGUGUUACCCCAUCCAUAUCAACAAACACCACAGACAUAUCAAAAACCAAGUGGACACUCAGUAUCUUAUCUCCCAUAUGGUGGAUCUACUUUAUCUAAAGGCUCCAUGAACAAGAUAGAAAUUACUGUUGAACCACCACAAAGACCGGGGACUACACUUAAUAGGAGCCCUUCACCUAUAAGUAAUCAGCCAUCCCAACGGAAUCAGCACCCACUAUAUACACCUGCAACUCCUUCAAGUUCCCCUUCCAGAAGUAUAGCAGGUCAGCCUAAACCUCCUUAUAAUGUUAAUCCUGUAUAUAUAACAUAUACACAACCAGUUGGACCUUCAGGUAUCCUUACACAGUCCCCCCGUGUAAUGGUAUCUCAGCCAAAUCCAGCAGUUUUUAAAAUCACAGUAGGUCGAGCUCCUGCUGAGAAUCUUCUAAAUUUAGUGGACCAAGAAGAACAUUCUGCAGCACCAGAACCUAUUCAACCCAUUUCAGUUGUACCAGGAUCUGGAGGUGAAAGAGGAAGGCAUAAGUACCAGAGAAGUUCCAGCUCUGGAUCAGAUGACUAUGCUUAUACACAAGCUUUGCUGUUACAUCAACGUGCAAGGAUGGAGAGGUUAGCAAAGGAGCUGAACUUUGAGAACGAGGAACUUGAGAAACUUAAAGGUGACGUAAAUAAUAUGGAACAUGAUCUUAUGCAAAGGCGUCUAAGAAGAGUGAGCUGUACAACCUCAAUCCCAACUGGAACGUGGUGGCAUAGAGGCUUAAUGACGCUAGAUGUGCUGAACAAUUGCCAGCACUCCGGCAGUUCGAGUCCAGCUCCGCAGGACAUGCCCGAGGAGAUGACAAGAUUGAGAAGCAUGAAUAGGCAGCUCCAGAUAAAUGUAGACUGUACUCAGAAAGAAAUUGACCUCCUUCAGUCUAGAGGAAACUUUGACCUGAAAGCCAUGAAUAAUUUUUAUGAUAAUAUAGAGCCUGGUCCUGUUGUGCCGCCAAAGCCAUGUAAAAAAGGAGAGAGAAUGUCAUCCUUACCCCUGGGGGGAAGCUGUGAAGAGGAUGGUGGCCACAACAGAGAAGGCACAAUUCCUAGGUCCCACAAGAUGACAGCAGUUAAUGACCAUCAAAAUAGUUCCAAGCAAGUUCUGCGAUCACAGCCAAGAGAUGAGGACUUUGAAGGAGCUCCAUGGAAUUGUGACAGCUGUACUUUCUUGAAUCACCCAGCACUGAAUCGUUGUGAGCAAUGUGAAAUGCCGCGUGUUACAGGUAUGCAGACAAACUAUGAAGAAUCAGAGCUGAUCUGGCCAGAGCAAGCUGGAAAACAAGAGCUCCCUAUGUUUCCAGACUGUAAACUACUGAAAAAGGGGGAAUCAAAGAACAGAAAAGGAUAAUCUGAAAUGCUGCUUUUUUCAGGGUAAAUUAAGUCUACACAAUUGCUGUUUUGAUAUUGUGAAUUGUGAUGAGGAGGGAAAAGUACUGUACAAUCUUAUUUAUAGAGUACAAUCAGAAGUGAUUUUACAGUCCCUUUUGCUUGUACAGCACUCACCAAGUCAUGCUAACACUGGUAGUUAAAUAAUUAUACCAUAUUACACAGGAAAAAUAGUGCUGCAUGCUUUCAUUAGGUCUUUGUGUUUUAAAGCUAAAAAGUAAAAGUAUACUUUUAUAAAUUACCAGUAUGUUCCCUUAAAACUGCUUGACAGUGGAGUGGACAUAUACCAAAUGCAGAACUGUUCCAAAUUCUUUUUGGAAAACUUAAGUUCAGCCAUUAAUAGUAUAAGAAAUGUUUGCACCCUCUUUCUUAGGCCUUUCAGCUUCCACUUAUGUGAAUAAUUCAUAAUGUUUACAGCACAGAAGGUACUUUGUGUCCCCAUUCUGAUUUUGCUGAAAACCACUAAUCAAUAUGAGCUCUCCAAUAAAGUUUAUUUGCACAUUGUCAGUAAACUAACUUGUAUUAAUUAGUAUGAGUGGUGGUUUUUGAAAUGUUGCACAUUGCAUUUUGGUGUGAUCCUUAGACAGUUAAAGGGUAUAGAGAAUCCAGAAAUGGUAUAGAGAAUCCAGAAAUUGAAUUGUACUAGUACCUGUAUGAAUAUGCUAAUCAUGAAUAGGAUAUUUUAUUUGUGAGUGCUUCAGGAUACUGAAAUAAAGCAGUCUUCUGAGUUUGAAGUUGAGUCAAAAAUAAAAUUGUUUAUGAAUAAUCAGAAUUCCUUUUUCACACUGAAGAAUCACUAGGACAGUGAAUUUUACUUCUUACACAUUCAUUAUUCUAGAUUUUGCAGGGAUUGCAAAAUGGAGAAUCAUAUUUUACUUGUGGAUAUCUUGCUCUUAUCUGUUGGUAUUAUAUAUGAUAUAAUUUCUGUUCAAAUUGAAAUAUAUUGAAUACAAUAGAUGUUAGUCCAUAAAAUUUUUACAGAAGCUAUAUGGAAUCAAGCUUUAUUCAAUUAGUCAAUCAAAUAGAGCUAUUACAUUAGUGCUCAUAUUAAGAUUAUUUUAGUUGACUUUUACACUAUAACAAAUAUGACUGAGAGGUUAAAAGGGAACUUAUAAGAAUUCUGUAUCCCUACUUAAGAGUAAAAUUAUGAAAUUCUUUUCUUUUACCUAGAGAAAAAAUUAAGAUAUGAAGUUGCAAAGACUCUCAUGUAAAGUAUUCUUUUUAAAGUUAUCUAUUAAAUCACAUUAGUAUUGCUCCUUAGUAUUGGUCAUAACUUCAUGAUCUUUUUAAAACAACCUUCUGCUUGGCACUUAAUCAACUACUAUAGGGAAGGGAAUUGUACUCAUUAAGUUCAGAACAUACAGUAAAUAGCAUGUUUGGAGGUAUACAGGAUUUUAAUUGGCAAUGAGAUACUGUACUUACAGGUUUGUAUGAAAGUUAGGCUGAGUUUAUCUUAAGGGAUUUUUUUUUUUCUGGAUUUGGAAAGCACCAUCAAAAUUUUGAUAAACGAAUACAUAGGAACUUAAGGUUUCCUUAUCUUAUGUCGUGAGCAGGGAGUUCUUUGGACAUGCCAUGCUAGGUGAAUUCAGUACAUUUGCAUAAUGCCCAGGCUAGAUUGUGGAACUAAUAUAAUGUUCAAUGAUUUACUCAUACUUUCAUUACUGAAGUAAAAGUCAAAACACAGUUUGUAGUGGAGAAGGUAAUACUCUGUUUCCCCUAAAAUAAGACAUCUCCUGAUAAUAAGCCCAAUCGGGCUUUUGAGCGCAUGGGUUAAAAUAAGCCCUCCCUUGAAAAUAAGCCCUCCCCAAAAAUAUUUAAACGCAUGUGCAGCCGGUCCCUGCCAUUUCCUCUGGUUAGGGUUUGGGAGACAGAGCUGGAAAUCAGGUAAGAUGGCAAGAGGAACCCCGUCUUGCUCCACGUGCCCCAAAAUAAUAAGAUCUUCCCAAAAAUAAGGCCAAGCACUUUUUUCGGGAUUCAAAAAAAUAUAAGACAGGGUCUUAUUUUUGGGGAAACACUGAAACACAUUUCAGUGUUCAAAAGAAUCCUUUUACUGGUUUACUUGUAAAUGUCCUUUCACAUGUAAUAUAGAUGAUAGCAAUGAAAUUAAUUUUAAUAUGUAAGUUCAUGUGAAUCUAUUCAUGUCUACAUGGAAAGUACCCGGAAAUAAGUGAAUUUAAUCAAAAUGGAUUUAGGUUAUGCCAAAAUAAUUGCUGAUUGUCUAAAAGGUUUCAUUAAUGUCUGGGUUCCUUAUGUUUAAUACACAAAAUGCACUAUAAUCCAUAUAAAUUCAGAAUGUGUGUGUCUGAGUGGUGGGAUUCUAAGGCCAUCAGGAAUUUUUAAAAUGCACUACUUUUUAAUAAUAACUGAUUUGCCCUUGCCCAUAGAUCUUGGUUGAAUCUGUUUACUAGAAAGUUCAAGAAUACCUUCUAAGUCUCCAAAACCUUUUCUUUAUACAUGCCUCUUUUGUAUUUAAUGUUAUUAAAAUGUAUCCUUUCACAUAUAUAAAGAUGUCACAAUUUUAAUUGAUAGAAUAGUUUAUAGCAAGCCAAAAUUAAAUCCUGUACUUGAUUAUUUGAUGAAACUAUCAAGCUAGCAUGUUUGUGUAGGAAGAGAGGGCUAAGAAGAAAAGAGACUGUUUUGUAAAAUCUGAGGAGAUGUGUAUUUCUCUGUGAUAUGUAUGUAUUUAUCCUUAUGACAGAUGUGUGAAGCAAAUUUAAUUUUUAAAGAGCUGGUCUCAGUCAUAUUAUUAAGUCAUGUUUUCUCUCAGUUAUUGUAUGUUUCAGUUCUGUACACUUAUUUCCCAUCCUUUUUUACUAUAAAUUCCUUUAAAGUCUCUCGGAUUUUACAGACUUGGAAAUUAGAACAAAAUAUUUUAAUUUUUUUAAAGAGUACAUGAAAAAAUUAAAUAUUUGGUUAUGACUUUGUAUUCUUGAAUUUACAAGCUUCUAAAUUGAGAAAGCGUGUAGUGUGGUCUAAAUGUGAAAUAAAUUCACAGUAUAGCAUGGAAUAGAAAGAUAGGCUGUCAGUCAACCGAAGACUGAAAACAUGCAGAGAAAUAAAUGCUUAUUAUAGUUAACAUUGUGUCCAUGUGUUAUAUUUGUUUUUACAAAUAAUCUUUAAAGCUUAUCACCUGUGCGAGAAAGGGAAUUCUUAAUUGGUAGGUUAGUUGAAUUAAUAUAAUAGCUUAAUCUUUUUUUAGGUUUUUUAAAAAUACGUUCUUUAAAACCUGUACACCUAUAUCUUCUGCUCUAUUGAAAUCCUGUUAACUUCGGUCACUAUAAAACAAAACCAUGCUCUUUUUAAUUGUAAAUAGGGUGUUUUUCUAUCAUAUGGAUUUGUGUGUGCUGUGAAUGAAAACUAUUAUUGCAAGAUAAAAUGUAUAAGGUGUUAAGAGGCUGUCCAUGCAUGAUUUUCCAAAUAACAUAUACUGAACACUGCAGUUGCCAACCCAAUAAACUAAGAAAAUGUAA